CGCAAACAAGCGCCCACAAUGAUUCUCGAAGACCAGCGAUUUAUCCACGAGGAUCUUGAACGCCUGGAGCAGGCGAUUGCUGAUCGCGUCGUCGAGGAGCCCCGAAACAUCCGCGAGCGCUUGUCUCGUGACCAUGAAAUCUCUCAAUUUUUGAAUCGGAUAGAGGAGCAGUCGAAGAGGCUACUCGAAAUCUACAAAGAUGCGGACGGCGCACGCGAGAAGGAGCUCCAGGCGAUCUCUACUGGUGACCAGUUUGAGGAGUUCUACAAGCAACUAGAUGAGAUCAAGGACUUUCACAGACGCUACCCGAACGAGCCGGUCGAGAACCUCGAGAGAGCCUACAAGCGGCGCCAACCGGGCGAGGGCGAGCCGGUGGGGAUGGAAAUCGACAAUAUGUUCACCGGUGAAGAGGGCUUCGGACAGUUCCUGGAUCUUACGGGCUUGCACGAAGAGUACCUGAACCUCCCUGGUGUCAAGCGGCUGUCGUACAUUCAGUAUCUCGACGUUUUCGAUGUGUUCACGCCGCCCACCUUGCAGAUGAAGCCGGCCCAGAAGAUCUCGGAUAAGUACUUCAAAUACGUCGGAGAGCUUGCCGAAUACCUCGAGAGUUUCGUCAAGAAGGCACGGCCGUUGCAGGAUCUUCGAAAGCUCUUUGCAGGCCUUGAUGAUGAAUUCGAGAAGUUGUGGGCCGCGAAUGAAGUUCCUGGGUGGACGGAAGAGAAACAAAAUGGCGCCCAGGGCCCGAAGACUGAGGGAUCUGGAGAAGGUAUCUGGUGUGCGGACUGCGAACGCGAGUUCAAGAACGAGAACGUCUAUCGGAAUCAUCUGACAGGGAAGAAGCACAUCCGGGCCGCCGAGGCCCGUAAAGCUGCCGGUGACUCGGGUGACAAACCUGCCCCGGGAGCGGGUGCUGCCUCUGCGACUCAUCGCUUGAAGGAACGUGCAGUUGCCGAGCGCGAGCAUCGCGUCCGAUCUCUAGCCAAGGUGGUUGACCCCGAGCGUCAAGCCACGCGGGUCAAUGUCGAACGUAGGGCUGGUAUGACCGAACGGGAGCGUCAGAUGGAACUCGAGGCGUUGCUUGCGGGUUCCGAAAACCCCGGCGGCGAAGGCCGCGGUAAUGAUAUGUCGGACGACGAGGGUGAUGAGCGGAUCUAUAACCCACUGAAACUGCCACUUGCAUGGGACGGAAAGCCCAUCCCCUACUGGCUUUACAAACUGCACGGUCUGGGCGUCGAGUACCCCUGUGAGAUCUGCGGAAAUUACGUCUACAUGGGUCGCCGUGCCUUUGACAAGCACUUUUCGGAGGCAUUACAUCUCUUCGGCCUCAAAUGUCUCGGCGUCACAUCCAACACGAACCUGUUCCGCGAGAUCACUCGGAUCGACGACGCCAUCCGGCUAUGGGAGAAACUUGAGCAGGAGCGCAAGAAGGACCGCGAGCACCAUGACAACGUGGUGCAGAUGGAGGAUGCCGAGGGUAACGUGAUGCCCGAGAGGAUUUAUCUGGAUCUCCAAAAGCAAGGCAUUCUCUAGUAAGAGGCUGCUCGGGUACUUUUUAUUGUUUCCAACCUUACAUUGUUUCUUUAUUAUCUUUAAAAGCCUGGAGUUUGGCGGGCGUCUUUGUUGGGUCAUAUGGGCUGUUGGUUGGAGAUCUCUACAUCACCCACGCACGGACAGGUAGACCUUGCUCUAUAUGUAUUGUAUUCAAAGAUAUUACCAUUACCAUCAUCC